AUCCAACCCUUAAUAUAAAUAAAAUUAAUUUCAUUUUCCAAAACCUCUUCGAUUAAUUUCAUUUUCCCAAUCAAUUUUCUUUCUUCUUCCCCCAAGGGUUUCUCCUCCUCCUCCUUCUUCAUCUUCUUCUUUUGCUAACUUUCGGGGAGAGAGAUUGAGAGAAAAUGGCGAGGGUUUACAAUAAUUGGGAGAGGCUGGUUAGGGCUACGCUGAGGAGAGAACGGCUGCGGUACACCGGCCAGGGACACGAGCGAACUUCCAGCGGCAUUGCCGGCGCUGUCCCCGAUUCUCUUCAACGAACCACCAAUGUCAAUGCUAUUCUUCAAGCUGCCGAUGAACUUCAAUCGGAAGACCCCAAUGUUUCCAGAAUUCUCUGUGAGCAGGCAUAUUCUAUGGCCCAGAAUUUGGAUCCCAACAGCGAUGGUAGAGGUGUUCUUCAGUUUAAGACUGGUUUAAUGUCCGUCAUCAAGCAAAAACUUGCCAAGAAGGAUGGUACACCGCUUGAUCGUAGUCGUGAUAUUGAACAUUUGUGGGAAUUUUACCAGCGCUACAAAAGACGAAAUAGAGUAGACGAUAUCCAAAAAGAGGAGCAAAAAUGGCGUGAAUCUGGAACCUUUAGUGCUAAUGUUGGAGUCUUAUCAGAAAUGAGAAAGGUCAUUGCCACCUUGAAGGCUCUAGUUGAAGUGAUGGAGGCAUUAAGUAAAGAUGCUCCUGAAGGGGUGGGAAAGCGUAUUCAGGACGAGUUAAGAAGGAUCAAAAAGUCAGAUGCAACUUUAUCUGCGGAGCUCACACCAUACAAUAUCAUCCCUUUGGAAGCGCCCGUAUUAACCAAUGCUAUUGGAUUUUUCCCUGAGGUGCGAGGUGCUAUAUCAGCUAUUAAAUACACUGAACAGUUCCCUCAGCUUCCAGAUGAUUUUGAGAUUUCUGGACAACGGGAUCCGGACAUGUUUGAUCUUUUGGAAUAUGUAUUUGGUUUUCAGAAAGACAAUGUAAGGAAUCAGCGUGAGAAUGUUGUCCUUGCUCUAGCCAAUGCACAGUCACGACUUAGCUUACCUUUUGAAGCUGAUCCUAAAAUUGAUGAAAAGGCUGUAAAAGAGGUCUUCUUGAAGGUGUUGGAUAAUUACAUAAAAUGGUGCAGAUAUUUGCGGAUUCGUCUUGUGUACAAUAGUUUGGAAGCCAUCAAUAGGGACAGGAAGCUUUUUCUUGUUUCUCUGUACUUCUGCAUAUGGGGUGAAGCAGCAAAUGUCCGAUUUCUUCCUGAAUGUAUCUGUUAUAUAUUCCACCAUAUGGCUAGGGAAUUGGAUGCUAUCUUGGAUCGCGGAGAAGCUGACCCUGCUCCAAGUUGUACAAACGAAGACGGUGUGGUGUCCUACCUCAAGCAAGUCAUCUGUCCUAUAUAUGAGACAAUGCAGGAUGAAGCACAAGGAGGAAAUACUGGGAAAGCCCAUUCAGAGUGGCGGAACUAUGACGACUUCAAUGAAUAUUUCUGGUCUCCGGCUUGCUUUGAGUUGAGCUGGCCCAUCAAGAAGGAUUCUUCAUUCCUGUUGAAGCCUAAAGGGAGGAAAAGGACAGGUAAAAGCACAUUUGUCGAGCAUCGGACUUUUCUUCACUUGUAUCAAAGUUUUCAUCGUAUGUGGAUAUUUUUGGCUGUAAUGUUUCAGAUCUUGACCAUUAUUGCCUUUAAUGGUGGAAAAAUUAAUCUCAAUACUUUCAAGACAGUACUUAGUGUGGGUCCAACAUUUGCAAUCAUGAAUUUUGUGGAAAGUUCUUUGGAUGUCCUACUUAUGUUUGGUGCUUAUACAACGGCGAGAGCCAUGGCUAUCUCAAGGCUUGUUAUUAGGUUUUUUUGGUGGGGUCUGAGCUCUGUCUUUGUGACAUAUGUUUAUAUAAAAGUUUUGCAGGAAAGAAAUAAAAAUACAGAUCCCCUCUACUUUCGGAUAUAUGUCCUGGUUCUGGGCGUUUAUGCUGGACUACGACUUAUUUUGGCCCUCUUCUUGAAAAUACCAGCGUGUCACACAUUUUCUGAAAUGGCUGAUCAGUCGUUCUUUCAGUUUUUCAAGUGGAUCUAUCAGGAGCGAUAUUUUGUUGGCCGAGGUCUUGUUGAAAAAACAACUGACUAUUUAAGAUAUGUGCUUUUCUGGCUGGUAAUCUUUGUUUGCAAGUUCACGUUUGCAUACUUUCUUCAGAUUAAACCACUAGUUGAACCGACCAAUAUCAUUGUAAAUCUUCCAUCCUUGCAAUACUCAUGGCAUGAUCUAGUAUCAAAGAGCAAUAAUAAUGCAUUGACAGUAGCUAGCCUUUGGACUCCUGUUGUGGCUAUUUAUCUCAUGGAUAUUCACAUUUGGUAUACUCUGUUGUCUGCAAUUGUUGGUGCUGUGAUGGGUGCACGGGCUCGUCUAGGAGAGAUCCGUUCAAUUCAAAUGCUACAUAGACGUUUUGAGAGCUUUCCAGAAGCCUUUUUCAAGAAUCUGGUCUCUUCCCAGAUUAAGAGGAUGCCCUUUGACCAACAACAUUCGCAGGAUUCUCAUGAUAAUAACAAAGAGUAUGCAGCUAUAUUUUCUCCAUUUUGGAAUGAGAUCAUCAAAAGCUUACGUGAAGAAGAUUAUAUUAGUAAUAGAGAGAUGGACUUGCUAUCAAUGCCGAGCAACAUAGGAAUUAUUGGAUUGGUUCAAUGGCCUCUGUUUCUUCUUAGCAGUAAGAUCUUAUUGGCAAUUGAUUUAGCUCUGGAUUGCAAAGAUACACAAGCAGAUCUCUGGAGUAGAAUAUGCAGGGAUGAAUACAUGGCAUAUGCUGUUCGGGAGUGCUACUACAGUAUUGAAAAAGUUUUACAUUCUCUGGUUGAUGGGGAAGGGAGACUCUGGGUUGAAAGGAUAUUUCGUGAGAUCAACAACAGUAUUCAGGAGGGUUCACUUGUGAUCACUCUUAAUCUUAAGAAGCUUCCUGUUGUUCUAUCGCGAUUUACAGCACUCACUGGACUGCUGAUACGAAAUAGAACUCCUGAUCUGGAAAAAGGUGCUGCCAAAGCUAUAUUUGAUCUGUAUGAGGUUGUUACACAUGAGCUACUAUCAUCAGAUCUAAGGGAGCAGCUUGAUACAUGGAAUAUAUUGGCGAGAGCAAGAAAUGAAGGAAGGCUCUUUUCUAGGAUAGGGUGGCCCGAGGAUCCUGUUAAGGAGCAGGUCAAGAGGUUGCACCUACUUCUCACAGUCAAGGAUUCUGCGGCUAAUAUACCUAAGAAUCUUGAAGCAAGAAGAAGAUUGGAGUUUUUCACAAAUUCUUUGUUUAUGGACAUGCCAGCCGCGAAGCCAGUCUGUGAAAUGAUCCCAUUUUGUGUCUUCACGCCUUAUUACAGUGAGACUGUGCUUUAUAGUUCUUCUGAGUUGCGGGUUGAGAAUGAAGAUGGCAUAUCUACUCUUUUUUAUCUCCAGAAAAUAUUUCCUGAUGAAUGGGAGAAUUUCUUGGAACGAAUUGGUCGUGGCGGGAAUGCUGAUGCUGAAAUUCAAGAAAGCUCCAGUGACACCUUGGAACUCAGGUUUUGGGCAUCUUACCGAGGCCAAACAUUAGCCCGAACAGUUCGUGGUAUGAUGUACUACAGAAGGGCAUUAAUGCUACAAAGUUAUUUGGAAAAGAGAUCUCUUGGAGAUGAUGCUUAUCCCCAGUCAAGUUUCCCAAGGACUCAAGGCUUUGAACUGUCACCUGAAGCACGAGCUCAAGCAGAUAUAAAGUUCACUUAUGUGGUCUCAUGCCAAAUUUAUGGUCAACAAAAGCAACGAAAAGCUCCAGAGGCUACUGAUAUUGCUCUUUUGUUGCAAAGGAAUGAGGCUCUUCGUGUUGCUUUCAUACAUACAGAAGAGAUUGGUGCAGCCGGUGGAAAGGUGACCAAGGAAUUCUAUUCUAAGCUUGUAAAAGCUGAUGCUCAUGGGAAGGAUCAGGAAAUAUACUCCAUUAAACUCCCUGGAGAUCCAAAACUUGGGGAAGGAAAGCCAGAGAACCAGAACCAUGCCAUAAUUUUCACCCGAGGGGAUGCUAUUCAAACAAUUGACAUGAAUCAGGAUAACUACCUUGAGGAAGCAAUCAAAAUGAGAAAUCUUCUUGAGGAAUUUCGAGGAAAUCAUGGCCUCCGGCCUCCAACUAUACUUGGUGUACGGGAGCAUGUCUUUACAGGAAGUGUUUCUUCUUUGGCUUUGUUCAUGUCCAAUCAAGAGACUAGUUUUGUGACCUUGGGCCAACGCGUUUUGGCAAAACCUCUGAAAGUGCGUAUGCACUAUGGUCAUCCAGACGUCUUUGAUCGAAUUUUUCAUAUUACUCGAGGUGGCAUUAGUAAGGCAUCGCGCAUAAUUAACAUCAGUGAAGAUAUAUAUGCAGGGUUUAAUUCCACACUUAGGCAGGGAAAUAUUACUCACCAUGAGUAUAUUCAGGUUGGAAAGGGAAGAGAUGUUGGUUUAAACCAAAUUGCCUUAUUUGAAGGCAAGGUGGCUGGUGGAAAUGGAGAGCAAGUUCUGAGCAGGGAUGUGUAUAGGCUGGGACAAUUACUCGAUUUCUUUAGAAUGCUGUCUUUCUACUUCACGACAGUUGGUUAUUAUGUUUGCACUAUGAUGACUGUUCUUACAAUUUAUAUAUUUCUCUAUGGAAGAGCAUAUCUGGCUUUCUCUGGAGUAGAUCGAGGAAUUUCAAGAGAAGCUAAACUGCUUGGUAACACUGCUUUAGAUGCUGCUCUAAAUGCUCAAUUCUUGGUCCAAAUUGGGGUUUUCACUGCUGUUCCUAUGAUAGUGGGCUUCAUACUAGAGCGGGGCUUGUUGAAGGCUAUAUUCGAUUUCAUUACCAUGCAGCUUCAGCUUUGUUCUGUCUUCUUCACGUUUUCUUUAGGAACUAGAACUCAUUAUUUUGGGCGUACUAUCCUUCAUGGAGGUGCAAAGUAUCGAGCUACUGGAAGAGGCUUUGUUGUCCGACAUAUCAAGUUUGCUGAGAAUUAUCGGCUUUAUUCAAGAAGCCAUUUUGUUAAGGCGCUGGAAAUAGCAUUGCUUCUUAUUGUUUACAUUGCCUAUGGGUAUAUAGACGGAGGUGGUGUUUCAUUUGUUCUUAUUACUCUAAGCAGUUGGUUCCUCGUAAUCUCUUGGCUCUUUGCUCCUUAUAUCUUCAACCCAUCAGGAUUUGAAUGGCAAAAGACUGUAGAGGAUUUUGAUGAUUGGACAAGCUGGCUUAUGUAUAAAGGCGGAGUUGGUGUUAAGGGUGACAAUAGCUGGGAGUCUUGGUGGGAUGAAGAACAGAUGCAUAUCCAGACUUGGAGAGGUCGUAUACUUGAGACCAUUUUGAGCUCGAGGUUUCUCAUGUUUCAGUAUGGCAUUGUAUACAAACUUAAUCUAACUGGGAAGCACACUUCACUUGCGAUCUAUGGCUUCUCUUGGGUCGUACUUGUUGGAAUAGUCUUGAUCUUCAAGAUAUUUACUUUUACCCCUAAAAAAUCCACAAACUUCCAGCUGAUGCUCCGAUUCACUCAGGGAGUUUCAGCGUUGGCGCUUAUUGCAGCCCUAGUCCUUGUCGUGGUGUUCACUAAUCUCUCUGUUCCAGACUUGUUUGCUAGCAUCCUUGCAUUUAUUCCUACUGGAUGGCUCAUCAUAUGUCUUGCUAUCACGUGGAAGAGAGUAGUGAGGAGUUUAGGACUCUGGGAAUCAGUCAAGGAGUUUGCUCGAAUGUAUGAUGCCGGGAUGGGUAUGAUUAUUUUCGCCCCAAUUGCGAUGUUAUCUUGGUUCCCAUUCAUCUCCACUUUCCAAUCUCGUUUCCUCUUUAACCAAGCAUUCAGUCGUGGAUUGGAGAUCUCUCUUAUUUUAGCUGGGAACAAAGCCAAUGUUGAGGUGUGAUUGUUAAAAAAGUUGCAGUGUCUUAUGCUGAGCCUUAUAGUAAAAUGAUGGCUAAAGUUUCUGUAAUAUGAUCCCACUACCUGUUGUUGAUACGCGCUAACCUUUAGGUCAUGGAAAAUGUAGCGCAACUGAAUUGGUUUUUGUAAAUAUUAGUGAUUAAUGUUUGCAGGUAAUUUCUUUUGGGUUCUUUUUAAUGCUGUAUUAGUACAGCUUAGUCUGACAUGACAUUUUGUGCUGAACAUGCUCUCCAUCUUAUAUAUGAUUUUAUGGGCCUUGUCUUGCAAUCUUCACAAGGGUUUUUUUUGAA